GAGAAGGGUGGUGACCGUGGCGGUGAGUCUCCUGCUUCUUCUUCUGCUCCUCCACCGUCGUCGUCGUCGUCUUUUGUGUUCUCAUCAUAGGGAUGCUUCUGCUUCUCCCCCCCCCCCCCCCCCCUUUGUCAUCCGCUUUGUCUUCUUCCUGUUUUGCUAUUGGAGCAGUAGUAGUAUUAAUAGUAAUCGUGCUUGUAGUUAUAGAAUUGGAGAGGGAUGGAGACCGCAAGGAUGCUGGCAGUGUCGUCCAUGGGAGGGAUUGGCUUCACAAGCGCAGAGGAAGGGGCAGGUGGAGAUGGACUCGGGGACUCCUCCAACAAUUGCCUCCAACUCUCCCGAACUAACAAACUGAUUGCAUUUUCUGGAUUUCUGGGCUUCGGAAUGCUGUUGCAAAUGAUGUCAAUGACAAUGUUUCUGUUUCCGAAAAAGUUUGCAGUUAUGUAUACUAUGGGAAAUUUAUUCACAAUAUCAAGAUUUCUUGGUCUUUUAGAAUUAUAUUUUGUUAACAUACAAAAACCAUCCUGGGAUUAUUCUAAGCAUAUGUUCCCCAUUAUUAACAUCUUAACAUGAUUCUGAAUGUUUAGCAUUUUUAGUGUAGUGGUAUGUAGCAUUUUACUGUUUCAAAUAAAGAAAACAGUAAAACUAAGAAUAUUAAUUCUGAAAUGCAUCAUGAUUGUGCACGAUUCAAUGUUACUACUUUUACAAAGUCAUGCAUCUAUAAUUGAAAUGAUUUUCUUGGCAAGAAUAUAAAUCACUUUUUUCAAGUAGUGCAUAAAGUUUUGUCAAUAAAUAAUUUAUUCAGAAAACAAGCAGACUACCAUAUGAGAUCUUGACCAUGUUAACCUGGCCUAAAAUAUUUUUAAUGGAUCCAAAUAUCAGUUACACAUCAUUUUGUAUGAUU